AUGCAUUUAGACUACAGGUACAUUACAUUUAGACCGUACGUUUAUAGUCCACAGCACUACUCUGAGACACCAAGAGCCGUUCCCCAACAAGGCAGUAUCCCUGGCGCUAUGUGGCAAGUGAUGCGUGGCUCCUUGGCGCUUGCAAGCUCCCCCUCCCCUUGUCACCCCUCGCGCGGUGCUCAAAGGCCGGGGAGCGCUUCCUCCGAGGUUGGAUUCCUUAAUGUCCGUGAAGACCCCUUUAGGGGUGAAAGGGGUCUGCUGAGUACCUUGCAGUCGACGUUGAGGCCGGAGCGGCGCGCGAGGUCCGUGUUGGGCACCGCGGCGGCCAUCACCACAAUGCGGCACGCGGGCAGGCGGUCGCCCGUGCUCAGGCGGAUCUCCGAGUGCUCGCCCGCCUUGGAGGCGCCGCGGAGGUGGUGCUACCUUGCAGUCAAUGAAGAAGCUCUCUGGCUCGUAGAAGACGCUGCGGAGCGAGCCGUCGGCUGCCACGAAACAGGCGCCCGCGCCGCCCUGCCACAGCUCCUUGGACAGCGGCGUGCGCUGGUACGGGAACGCGUUUUCCCCAGCCACGAUCAGCACCUGAACACACGACUGCCUCCUAGAAGCUGUCCGAAGCACACGCUCUUCACAGUUUUGGAUUCACAGUUCAAAAAAACAAUUUCAGCUCCAGCUCCAACUGAAAUCAAAGGUCUCAAAAUCACAAGUAAAGAUCGUUGUCAAACAGAUUUUAACAUGGAUUCGGAGCGGCUGACAAAGAGUUUACAAACACCACCAAAAGUUUUAUUUGAAAUAUAA